GUAUACGUACGCCUCUCCUAAUCCCCCUCUCUCCCUCGAAACCCUAAUCCCCCUCUUGCGAUUUUCGCGAAACCCUAAUCCCCCUCUCGCGAUUCGCGAUUCCCUCUCCCUCCGCCAUGGCCGCCGCCGCCACCACCACCGUGGAGGUCUCGGACGACGGCGACCACCCCGUCCUCCGCGACGACGAGCGGGGGAUCCCUCGAUCCCUCUCCCUCCUCGCCGCGAUCGUGGAGGCCGACGCCGCCCGCCACGCCGCCGCCGCCACACGGCCCGCCGAGUCCGACCUCGUCCGCGCCUUCCGCGGCGGCGCGACGCCCACCGUCGCGAUCGGGGAGUUCCUGGAGCGGAUCCACGCCUUCGUCCGGCUGGAGAGCGUCCGCCACGACAUCCGGCUCCAGGCCACGUGCUACGUCCUCGCCGGGAUCUACCUCACCCGGUUCUUGGGGAGCGCCGCCGCGGUGGAGGCCGGGAUCCGCGUCGACCCGUCCACGGCGCACCGCCUCGUCGCCGCAGCGGUCUUCGUGGGCGCCAAGUUCGGGAACACCAGCGACAUGCUCCCGACGAGGUGGACCUCCGUGUUCGAGACGAGCUCCGACGCGGCGAUCCACGCGGGGGAGAUGGCCGGGCUCGAGCGGCGCUUCCUGCGCGCCGUGGACUACCGCCUGUUCGUCCGCAGCGACAGGUUCGGGUGGUUCUGCGGCGCCAUGGAGCAGGCGCUGCAUCGGAGCGUGAGCCGCAGCAGGAAGAGGACGGCGGCGGAAGCAGUGGGGGGAGAAGAAGGGGAGGACGAGCGCCGCCGCCGCCGCCGCCACAGCAUCGUCGGGGCUUUCCUGCCGCCGCUCCCAGCCGUCGCCGCCAAUUAGGUUCACCAUUUCUGAAUUCAGCUUCAAAUAUUUUACUACAGAUUGUAUUUUCUUUUGCUGCUUCUUGUGUUUAGAGUUGUUUGCAGGUCAUCGGGGUGGAGAAGACGACGGACGGCCGGCCGGAGUUGGAGUUGGAUCGGCUAGAGCUCGCCGCCGUUGGCCGGAGUAGUUUUACAGAGUUUUAGCCAUAGGAUGUUUAUAAUUAUAUAUAUUGAGCAACUGUUAGCUUUGUCAGAGUUUAACUGUCAGAUUAUAUCGAUCAAUCAGUAAUAGAUUUCCAAUGUAAUCCUAUAACCAACUAUAUAAAUAUAAAUAAUAAAAAAAGUAACUUUCUGCUAUUC